AUGACCAAAAUGACGUGUUAGGACACGUCAUUUUCAAUUUCACGUCAAAUUAAUUUUUUUCCAAUUAUUUUUUUCAGCAAAGAAUGGAAAGAGGACACAAUUUCAACAAUCUUCAGUUGUACAAAAAGUGUCACGGCAAUUUGUUUCGCCAUUUUGGUGGAUCGAGGAUUGUGUGAUUAUUCAGAUAAAGUCACCAAAUAUUGGCCAGAAUAUGGUGCAAAUGGAAAACAGGAUACGACUAUUGAAAUGGUGUUAUCUCAUACGGUAGGGUCCAAAAAUUACGUGAUUUUUUUUGGUAAACAUGAGCAAUAGGUAGAUUUGUUACCCGAUUAUCAUGGUCCUGUUGUCAGAAAUGACUUAGCUCAACUAUGAAUGUCAUUUUCAAACACCAAUUUCUCAAUAGAGCAAAUUUUCUGAUUUUAGACGAAUUUUUCAAGUUUCCCGGGUCAAUUUUGGCGGGAAAUUCUAAUCUGGGCUCAAAAUCAUCGAUUUUUAGCGAAAUUUAAAGUUUCCCGACUUAUUUUGUCCAUUUUUCUUCACUUUUGGCUUAAAAUAACUAAUGAAACCUAAAAAUCGAUAAUUUUGAGCCUAGAGUUGAAUUUCCCGCCCACAUUUUUGAAUUUCCCGCCAAAUUUGACCCCGGAAAUUUAAAUUUUCAGUCGAAAUUAGCAAAUUUGCUCUAUUGAUAAUUUGGUUUUUGAAAAUAUAUGUUCAAAUUUUGCCACGUCAUAACUCAUUUUCAGAGUUGAGAUAGGCUAUUUCGUAAUCAGCAGGUAAAAAUCUACUAGAAAAAUAUUUUUGAAAAUCUACGUAUUGCUCAUGUUAACCGGGAAAAUCCACUGGAACUUCCAAACUUCCAUCCACAAAUCUAGGCUUGAACUUCAAGAUCCCAUCUCCAAAAAGAUCCACAUUUCAGGCGGGUCUUCCAUAUUUUCCCGACGUAAAAUUGAACAUUGAAGACAUGGUGGACCACAAUAAAAUGUCAAAAAUCAUUGAAAAUCUCAGGCCGGUUUAUCCGGUUGGCACAAAAACAGCCUAUCAUGCGUUGACUUUUGGAUUUUUGGCUGAUCAAGUUUUUCGGAGAAUUGAUACGGAACAUCGUGCAGUUGGACAGUUUUUUAGGGAGGAAAUUGCCACUAAACAUUGUGAGUUUUAAGGGGGGGGGGAUCCAGGCUUGGGCUUUUUGGGCUUGUUAGGCUUGUUAGGGCGCUUAGGCUUCUUAGGCUACAUAGGCUUAGGCUCAAGCCUAAAGCCUGAGAUUCUACGUCCUUCUCUAAGGCUUUUCAGGCUUGUUAGCUUUCAUAGGCUUUCUAGGGUCCUUAAUAGGCUUCUAAGGCCUUCUCUUAGGCUUCCAAGGCUUUUUAGGGCUCUUCAUAGACUUCCCAGGGCUAAAAAUUCAAAAUUUUAAGCAUCUCAGGCUUCUGAGGCUUCUAAGGCCUUCUCUAAGGCUUUUCCGGCUUGUUUUAAAACUUGUCAGUCUUCAUAGGCUUUCUAGGACCCUUUAUAGGCUUUGCAGGGCUAAAAGUUCAAAAUUUUAGGCUUUUGGGGUCUUCUAAGGCCUUCUACGGCCUUCUCUUAGGCUUUUCCGGCAUUCUUUAGGCUUUUUACACUUCAUAGACCUCCUAGGGCCCAAAGUUCAAAAAUUUAGGCUUUCCAGGCUUCUGAGGCCUUCUACGGCCUUCUCUUAGGCUUCUCUGCCUUUUUUUAAACUUUUCAACCUUCAUAGGAUUUCUAGAACCCUCCAGCGGCUUCUAAGGCCUUCUCUAAGGCUUUUCAGGCUUGUUAGCCUUUAUAGGCCUUCCAGUGCCUUUCAUAGGCCUUCUAGGGCUAAAAAUUCAAAAUUUUAGGCCUUUCAGGCUUCUAAGGCCUUCGCUUAGGCUUUUCCGGUUUUUUUGAACUUGUUAGCCUUCAUAAGCCUUCUAGGCCUUUUCAUAGGCUUUCUAGGACUAAAAAUUCCAAAUUUUAGGCUUCUGAGGCCUUCUCCGGCCUUCUAUAAGGCUUUUCAGGCUUUUUUUAAUUUGUCAGGCUUCAUAGGCUUUCUAGAACCCUUGAUAGGCUUCUAAGGCCUUCCCAGGCUUUCUAAGGCCUUCUCUUAGGCUUCUAAGGCUUUUAAGGCUUCUUAGGCUUCUAAACCUUCAGAAAAAACAGAUUUUUUCAAAUUUAUAAUUUUUGGCAAACAUUUUUUCAUAAAAAUCUUCACAAAUCUAUUUUUUGUUCAAAUCCUCCCCAAAAAACUCACCAAUCUCCCAUUCCAGACAUUGAUAUUCACAUCGGCGAAUGUUCAUCCGAAGAAAACCGUUUGGCUCGUCUCUUCAAAUGCCCGAAAAACCUGGUGACCCGCGAAAUCGCCUACGACAAAUCCAUCCUCAAACUCGCUCGCUACUACUACAAUCCACGUGGCUAUUUCCAUCAGGCGCGCAAAAAUAUGAGCAAUUGCGGCACCGAUUUCACAAUGUUCAACAAUUCGGAUCUUCGAAUCGUGGGGCAACCGGCUGUGAAUGGAAUUGGAUCGGCGAGAGCUUUGGCACAAUUACAUCAAUUGAUUUUGGAUGGAAGUUUGAUAUCGAAAGAUACUUUUGAUGUUAUUCGAUAUCCGAGAAAUAUGACCGCUUUUGAUCAUUUGAUUGGUGAACCGCAGAAUAAAGAACAUGGAUUUACUUAUAAUCGAUCGCCGAAUGUGAGUUUGAGCCUGGAAGAUUUAGAAUUGGAGCUGAGCUUGGUCUGGUAUGAAAAUCUCAUCGCUACCACGCGCACGCAACGCAGACCGCGCCGCGCCGCGCCACAACGAUUCAAAUUCCCUCCCGUUUUUGUGUGUGUUGUGGCGCGACGCGGUCUGCGUUGCGUGUUGGAGCGCGUGGUAUCGAUGUGAUUUUCGAUAAUAAGUCAAAUUUAAACUUCUGGAGGCCAAUUUUUCGACCUAGCCUUCAAUAAAAUUCGAUUUCUGAUCAGGAAAGUUAGCUAUGACGUGGCAGAGCUGCGAUUUUUUCUCAAUCAAAUUCUCAAUAGAGCGAAUUUGCUAAUUUUUCACUGAAAAUUUGAAUUUUCCAGUUUUCAGGGGUAAAUUUUGGCGGGAAAUUCAAAUCUGCGCUCGAAAUUAUCGAUUUUUAAAGAUGUUACAAACUGAAGUUAGAGAAACUUGAAAUUACUCUUAAAAUCGAUAAUUUUUUCGAAAUUUAACUUCCAAAAUCAAUUAGAAUCAUGAUCCUGUUGCUAACAACUCAAUUCUGAAUCUGAGUUAUGACGUGGCAAAGUUUGAAAAUAUAUUUUCAAAAACCAAAUUCCCAAUAGAGCGAAUUUGCUAAUUCCAAACUAAAAAUUUGAAUUUUUCAAGUUUCCCGGGUCAAUUUUGGCGGGAAAUUCAAAUCUAGGCUCAAAAAUCUUGAUUUUUAGCGAAAUGUCAUGUUUCCCGACUUAUUUUGUCCAUUUUUCUUCACUUUUGGCUUAAAAUAACCAAUGAAACCUAAAAAUCGAUAAUUUUGAACCUAGUUUUGAAUUCCCCGCCAAAAUUUACCCGGGAAACUUGGAAAAUUCGCAAAUUCGCUCUAUUGAGAAACUGGUGUUUUUAAAUGUAUGUUCAAAUUUUGCCACGUCAUCACUCAGAUUCAGGAUGGAGUUUAGCAGUUUUUGACAAGACGAUCGUGAAAAAUUAUCGAUUUUUUGCAGAACACGUGGCAAUUUGGACACCCGGGAGUUGGUGGACAAAUGGGUGAGGUUUUUUCAAUUUUUGAAAUUUGCCACGUCAUAACCUAACCUAAAUUUUGUAGUUCGAGUGGAUGUGGAUAAUGAAUUAAUAAUUGCAUAUUUAACAAAUGGCCUGAAGACUGCAGGAUGCGGUGAACAUGUUUUCACAUUCAACCGACUUCAAAAAAAGGUUUAUGAUUGUUUGAAUCGAAUUCCGAAAUUCGGAUUACAUCCUGCAGACGAAGAUAAUGAAGAAUAG